UUCGAGGAAGGAAUGUAAACAAAGUGACUUAAAGCAGAGUUUUCUUGCCUGCUGGGUCUUCUUACCUUGUGGGCUCUCCACUCCCCAACAACCAUUGAUAGAGUUUAUUUCAGAGUUGUUUAUAUAUUCUUUGGAUCUGAGAAAGGAACAUUAUAUAAGGAAGUCUUGAUACUUCCCUGUUAGCCGCUCGACUCUACUAACAGUGAUAACCAUUAACCAAACAUCCCAACGUGUAGCCGAUGUCUGGUCCUGGGAUGAUUUCAAAUUCACCUGGUUAAGGAGCACUGUAGUGAAGGACAUGGAAGGCACAGAGGGGAAUGUCUGUGCCAAGAAGAUUUCUAAAUAUGGGACAGGGAGAGAUAGUAAUGAAGAUGGAAAAAAGCUGGACUCAGAGGCAGCCACCACCACUUUCCAGGACUCGGGGUUAAGCUCUGGCAGGGAUGCAGUACACGUGGGUCCUCCUCAUACACCCAAGAAAGUCAUUGCUAAGUCGCUCAGCAGCCAAGGAAAGACACUCCCACCUUGCAUGACAUCAACACCUAAAAAGAAACUUUUAGAUCUUGAAGGAGAAAGUAAUUAUGAAAUCAUAUCAAGUCAAGUGAUUCUUGAAGAUCCACUUCUGUCUUCCAUAGAUGAGCCAGGAAACUCAACUGACUACCAAGCAGAAAGUCUCACAUCAGAUGAGGAUGAUAAUGCCAGCUCCAGGCUUCACAAGACCAAGGUUAGAGCUGGAAGUGACGCCUCCCAGGGAAAAACUCCUCUGUACAAACUAGUGAAUGAUCUGUCAAACACAAGAAUAUCAACAAGUCAGUCAUUUUCUGAAACCAUACAGCAACAUGUUGUGGAAGCAAAUGCAGCAUCUGUUAAGAAGAAUCUUUUUGACAUUCCAGUCAGUCCAAAACUCAAGAAUAGAGUUCGUGAAAGACUUUACACUUUGGUUAACUCCAUUGAAGGAUAUGAAAAUAGAGUUUAUGUGAGAGAUGAAGAAUCAUCAAGUCAGAUUCACAAUAUGGAAUCAUUCUCUAAAGUAAACAUCAAAAUCCAAUGUACAAAAAAUGGUGCAAACACAUUUUCCAAGCUGCCGGGCUACAGCUCUCUAGAUGUGUCCAAUAAUCAACAACAUUGUCUCCAAGAUCUUAGCAACGCCUCAGCUCUUGGCAGCGGCCUCAUGGAGAGAUACGGGUGUGCUCUGUCAGGCGUUGUUACCUCUCAAAUAAAAUCUCUUCAGCAUCAUCAAGACCAGCUUAAUCAAGAAAAAUUAAACCUGGCAAUGCAGAAAAAGGAGCAAGAAACUAGCACCAGAAUUUCUUUAUAUCAUGAAAAAUUGCAGCUGAUGAUUCAGAUGGUGGAAGAAUUGGAGCUCAGAUCUGUGAAGCAUCAGGCAGCAACAAGGGAACAGGCCAACCACCACAACCAGAGGAUGAAGGAGCAAGAGGAGCAGCAUCAAGAGGAGCUGGCUGCCCUCAGAGCUGAGUGCCACAGAAAGAUUGAAGAGGCAAAGGCACAGACACAGUCAUCAGACAAGGCAUGUGAACAAAUACUGUCAGAGAUGAUCUCUGCCACACAAGUCAAAGCUGCAGCACUUGAGAAGGAACACAAAGCUCAGAUAUCUGAUCUAAAUUCAUCCAUCACCAGACUAAGAGCUGAGAAGAGAGUCCUUGAGGCGUCACUGGAAACUCUCACCUCAGACACUGACAGGACACAUCUGGUGACAGGCUCAUCCUUGCCUCAGGGAAUAAGGGAAGCUGGUCAGGGAGAGCACAGUAAACAGACAGACAACAUGAUGGGGGACAGUGGCCUGUACAAAGACCUGCUCAAGGGAGACCUGUUGAAGACAAAAUCCCAGGAGGAAGUUCUGUUCUGGAAAAAAGAAUCUGAACAACUUCAGAAGAAAUUACAUGAAGCAGAGGUUACACAAGGAACACUCAUCAGUGAUAUGUUCCAGUUCACAUGGCAGAACCUUCACUCCAAAUCCAUGGCUGAUCAUGAGGUGGCAGGGAUGCAGACUGCUAGUGAGAGUGAGGAGCUGAGGGGCACUGUGGCUGUCCUAUGGGAAAAUCUAUCUCAGACUCUGAAGGAAAAUGUUGCUCUCAAACAAAAGCUAAAUGAUUGUCAUGAAAGGGAAACACACUUUAUGAAGAAGUUAUCCCUGAAAGAAGAUGAAGUUACUUCUCUCAGAGCAGAGUUAAAAUUCUCCAAGAUGCAAGUCCUUCAGGGGAAGGAAAAUCUUGAACUUCAGCUUGAGGAAUGUGCAGAACACCAUAAACAAACUAUGGUUAGUUACCAGCAUGAAAUGGAGAGGGAGAAGUCUGCAGCAGUGACAACAGCCUUGGCACACCACCAGGAGAAGACCCGUCACCUCGUGGCAGACCUCGGGACUCACUAUGAGCUGCUCAUCAGAAGGACUCAUGCUCACUCCAAGGCUCAAAUUAAUGAGUACAAGAAGGCUGUGCGAUGUCUAAAGGAAAGAAUUAAGAUGAUGGAGAAAGGGUAGGACAGUUAUCCUUCAUCCAGUGGAUAGCUAAAGUGAGUGAGUCACUGAAGUGAUGAGUAAAAUAAGUUUAGUGAUGUGACAUUCUGAUAUUUGAAUAAAAACAUGUGCUCAACAUUCUAUGUAAAUUAUAAUGAAUUUAAAAUUAUGCUGAGUAACAAAUAUAAUCCUAAUUGAACAUUCCAAUGAAAUAGUUUUUAAUUAUGUGAUAUUACUGUGAUAUUUUUGUUGAGGUUUAUUUUUAUACAUUACAAAUAAAACUACUAAUUAUAA